AUGCACUCAUCACCUGAGUCUGGCCCUUCAUCACCUCGACAAGGCUUGACUUCUCCUACAAUGGACGAACACCAAUCUCAUUCUUCCAUGGAUCAUUCAGGUUAUUCAAGUGAUCACGAUCAUGAUCAUGAACAAGAUCAAGAUUCACCUACUGAAUCAGAGAGAGAUUCUUCCCCUGAACGAAAAUCGAUUUUACGUACUUCACAUUCUCCUCCUCACGGUGAUUUACAACCAUUAAACAUGAACUCUACACGAUUGCCUAGAAAUUUCUUCAACACAUCAUCCUCAUCCAUGACCAAUAACAAGUCUACCGCACCAAUCCGUUCAAGUAGAGUUCGAUUUAUAUCACCUUUAAGUACUCUCCCCUCGUCUCAACAUGGUGAUGGUCGUAACGGUAUGGGUAUGGGUGUGGGCAUGGAUGAAUUUCAACCUCGUUUACCUAAAUCCCAACCUUUGUCAAGAUCCCUUUUCAAUAGGACUUUAUCAGAUACUCCACAUGCAGGAAUAAUGAAUGGUGGAAGAAGAAAGAUGAGUCAAAAGAUUAUCGUCCCUACUAAGGCGAUACCUAUGACUUUUGAAUUAAAUCUUUCAGCAAAUGAAUUUGCUAGGAGGAAUUAG